UGGAAAAGGCACCUGUAGCGGAACUGCUCAGUCAUCACUGUCCUUCCACAGGAUCACAAGCUCACACGGCUUUCAUCUUCAAAUCUACUUGUGAUUUCUUUAUAAGUUGUUUCUUUCUCCAUUUUCCAAGCUGAGACUUAGCGCAAUGGUGCGACUUGAGCGGCGUACCCAGGCUUUCCUGCGCCAACUUGUCCUGGCGCUUUGCGUGACAUCAGCUAUCUUGGAUGCAGAUCCAAGCUUGUAUUCCAGCACAACCAAUGCCACACUCUCUACAGAAACACCAGUCACCUCAACCAUGACCUCUCAGGGUACAAUGGAAACUACAGAACUUUCUUCUUCCAUAGUGACAGUCAACACAGACAUGGGAAGAAGCAGUACUGAAACAACUUCUCUUAUGACAGAAACAGCUUCUCCAACUACAAACCGCAGUGAACUGACUUCUCCAGAGAGCAGCAUGAUCUCCACUACAGCAAUAAAUCCAACACAAUUGCCUACAUCCAAUGUAACAACAGAUCCCAGAAUGGUAUCUCUCCCUUCCACAAGGUCACAGGAAACUGGAAUCACAGCAACUGUGGAACUGACCACAGAAAUAGAUUAUAUGUCUGACAGAACCACACCAGAACCUUCAUCUCCUCACAGCCUAACAACCUUCAGCGAUGUGACCUUCAGCAGCCACGCUGAAACAGAAAAAGAAGAUGAUACGUCUGACAGAACCACACCAGAACCUUCAUCUCCUCACAGCCUAACAACCUUCAGCGGUGUGACCUUCAGCAGCCACGCUGAAACAGAAAUAGAAGAUGAUACGUCUGACGGAACCACACCAGAACCUUCAUCUCCUCACAGCCAAACAACCUUCAGCGAUGUGACCUUCAGCUAUUUAGCUUCCACAGGGUCACAGCAAACUGGAAUCCCAGCAACUGUGGAACUGACCACAGAAAUAGAAGAUAUGUCUGACAGAACCACACCAGAACCUUCAUCUCCUCACAGCCUAACAACCUUCAGCGAUGUGACCUUCAGCAGCCACGCUGAAACAGAAAUAGAAGAUGAUACGUCUGACGGAACCACACCAGAACCUUCAUCUCCUCACAGCCAAACAACCUUCAGCGAUGUGACCUUCAGCUAUUUAGCUUCCACAGGGUCACAGCAAACUGGAAUCCCAGCAACUGUGGAACUGACCACAGAAAUAGAAGAUAUGUCUGACAGAACCACACCAGAACCUUCAUCUCCUCACAGCCUAACAACCUUCAGCGAUGUGACCUUCAGCAGCCACGAUGAAACAGAAAAAGAAGAUGAUACGUCUGACAGAACCACACCAGAACCUUCAUCUCCUCACAGCCUAACAACCUUCAGCGAUGUGACCUUCAGCUAUUUAGCUUCCACAGGGUCACAGCAAACUGGAAUCCCAGCAACUGUGGAACUGACCACAGAAACAGAAAUAGAAGAUGAUGUAUCUGACAGAACCACACCAGAACCUUCAUCUCCUCACAGCCUAACAACCUUCAGCGAUGUGGCCCAUGUUACAGCUACCGACAAUGAAUCUAUACAUACUUCUAAUCAUACUGCUGACUUAACUCCAACCAUUACUGAUUCUUCAGACAGCACAAUCAGCACCAUCAUGUCCAGUCAUGCUACUGUCAUAUCUUCAUCCAGCUAUAGCACCAUUCCAUAUACACCAGCUCCAUUAACUGAAGCUAUCAUGGGCACAGAAGAAAACUCAAACUCUAGCCCUACCACUACAGUAGCAACAACCGUGGCAAAAUCUUCAGAAUAUUCUUAUACCACAAUAUCAGGCCAUACAGGAGCUUCUGAGACAGAAACAGCUUCUCCAAUUUCCCCAACAAGCAGCAUGGCCUCCACCACAAAAACAGUAACUGGGACGUCUAACACGAGUACCAUCAUGUCAAGCACUCAUACUAUUUCUCCAUCUCCGCCCGACCACAGCACCACCCACUACACGUCAAGUCCACCCAGUCAAGUGUCCAACCAGUCCAGCAUAACAUCAACUAAUGACCCAGAUUCGACUUUAGUCACAAGUACAACAGUGACGGACAACACAAACAACACAAUCACUCCUGCAACUACAACACAUGUCAGUGCUACAUCUCAUUUUGAAACCACUGUAAAUGUCUCAACAGAAACACCACCAAUCACUACAACACUUGAUUUGAAAACAACUGAAAGUUUUACAUCAAGUAAUAUUACAUUUACAAGUGUAACAACAGUCCAUACCUCAACAGACACUGAGACAACACAUUAUUUAAAUACAACUGAACAUUUUACAACGCCAGAUAUCACUAAUACACCUACACACAACAUCACCACUACAUCCAUACCAAGCGCAGACAUCACCACUGUGCAGUCAAAUGACACCACCACAACCUCAAAUGUCACUGCUACACCUGCACACAACUUCACCUCUACACCCACAAAUGACACCACUGUGCUCUCAGACCUCACCACUACACACUCAAAUGUCACCACUAUGCCCACAGAAUUACCCACUACACACUCAAAUGUCACUGCUACACCCACACACAACUUCACCACUACACACUCAAAUGUCACCACUAUGCCCACAGAAUUACCCACUACACACUCAAAUGUCACCGCUACACCCACACACAACUUCACCACUACACACUCAAAUGUCACCACUAUGCCCACAGAAUUACCCACUACACACUCAAAUGUCACUGCUACACCCACACACAACUUCACCACUACACACUCAAAUGUCACCACUAUGCCCACAGAAUUACCCACUACACACUCAAAUGUCACCGCUACACCCACACACAACUUCACCACUACACACUCAAAUGUCACCACUAUGCCCACAGAAUUACCCACUACACACUCAAAUGUCACCGCUACACCCACACACAACUUCACCACUACACACUCAAAUGUCACCACUAUGCCCACAGAAUUCCCCACUACGGACUCAAAUGUCACCGCUACACCCACACACAACUUCACCACUACACACUCAAAUGUCACCACUAUGCCCACAGAAUUCCCCACUACACACUCAAAUGUCACCGCUACACCCACACACAACUUCACCACUACACACUCAAAUGUCACCACUAUGCCCACAGAAUUCCCCACUACGGACUCAAAUGUCACCGCUACACCCACACACAACUUCACCACUACACACUCAAACGUCACCACUAUGUCCACAGAAUUCCCCACUACACACUCAAACGUCACCAUCACACCCACAUCAAACACCACAACUACACAAUCCAGCAACAUCACUACGCCAAAGAGCAAUGUCACAGCUGCGACUUCGCUUCCAUCUACUUCUCUACCUACUAACACAACCACCACACCAGCUACCUGUCCAGCCACGCCCUGUCCACCUCUCAGCACGUGUAUAAACUCCAUAUGUCAAUGUCUGGCUGGAAUGUACAUGUUACAAGGCCAAUGUCUUGAAGGAAAAGUGUUUCCAGGAAAUUUGCAUUUUUCACUGACCUUUGAACCUGAAAUGAGUAAUCCUAACUCAGAUAUAUUUCACAAAACAGCUAAUGAUAUCAUUGCAAAGCUGAAAUACAUUUUCAAAGAAUCAGAAGGCUACGUACACUCUACAGUUCUGAAACUAAGUGAAGGCAGUGUGGUGGCUACAGUGAACAAUGUGUUUAAGGCCAGCUCUCCCGCUACACAGCAGUCCACACAGCAGACCAUAACGGCUGCCAUAAAAAAUGGCACUAUCAAUGCUACUUUUACCCCUACAAGUCUUUGUGAUCAGAAUCCAUGUGACACCAGAACCACAGAGUGUAAUAGUACAGACACCUUUCCUAUUUGCUCCUGCAUGCCAGGCUACGUACUAUCUGGAUUUUCUUCAAGAAGCUGUAUAGCCUGUCCCAGUGGCCAGAAAGCAGAGGGCCAAAAUUGUGUGCCGUGUGCAUUUGGUUAUUCUGGCUUCAACUGUAAUGACUCGGCGUUGUUGGCACUGGUAGUGGUCGCCGUCGUUUUAGGUGCGAUUUUGCUCAUCCUGGUUUUGGCCCUGAUCAUCUUCUUUGUGUUCUGCAGGACAAAGCAUGUCUCCCACACCAGUAGUCCUUACUCCCCAGACAAGUUCCAGACUUGGCCCGCCCAGCCCGUCACUCCCAUCCCUCGUGCAUCUCUCGCCCGCGACGCUAAGUCUGAACCCUAUGGUACGGAGAUGCCCUUGCCAGACAGUAGAAAACCCAGCAACGGUUUGAAGUUAAGAGGAAAGAUGGGCUCCUACGACCUCAUGCAAUUAGAUGACAUGAAAACGUUUAAGGGCAAAAACGCUGCUCGCUAUUCUUACUUGGUUGAGGGCCAUGAAAACCCUUACUUCAGUUCAGCAGACGAACAACCAUCGUCAUCCUGAGGGGAGAGGAGAGGAAACGAGAAGAGACUGGUUAAUAAGUAGGACACUUGUGAAAUGUAGGAGAUGAUGAAGAGGGGUGUAGUUUUUAUUUCAUUUUAUUAUUUUUUUUUAAACAAAUACAAAUGAGACUUUUUCCGGAGUCUUUCAUACUCCAGUUUGUUCUCUGUUGAGGAAAAUUUUGUUCAUUUUUAAAAAAAAAUUUUUUAUGUAUAUCAGUUCCUCCUUACAAUCGGUUUUAAUGUAAACCUAUAAAAUGCCUUUAACAUAUUGCUAGCAUUGAGCUUACAGCUGCUUUCCGAAAGCCUCGACCCUCAUAUUAUGUUCCCUACUUUAGUAAUUAAUAUCUCUUUGACCCAGACCUUGAUCUUUAGAUUCCAGUAUACAUUAUGCUCUAUGUGUCCAUACGUGCUUGUUGGAGUUGGUCCCCACUUUGCUCUUAUAAUAAUGUCCAUUCUACUGGGAAGGCUUUCCACUAGAUUCUGGAGGCAUGUGGGGACUUGUAUUCAUUCAGCCUCGGCCUCAAGAGUUUUAGUGAGGUCGAGCACUGAUGUCAAGUGAGGAGGUCUGGUGUGUUCCAGUUCAUCUCUAAGCUCUUCUGUGGGGUUGAGGUUAGGGCUCUGUUCAGGGCUCACUUGAAUUCUUCCACAUCAACCUUUAACAUGCCUUUAUGUACCUCGCUUUGUGCAUUGUCAUGUUGGAACAAGCUAGUGCUCGACCCAUUUGUUCUGCUGAAGGAAAAUCUUGAUUCUAGAGCAAAUAAAGACUAUACAAUUUUGUGCUUCCAACUAUAGUUACAAACUAUAGUUUGGAGACGGUCCACAUAUGGGUGUGAUGCUCAGGUGAUGUAUUGAAUCUUGAUUAUAAUAACUAGCUUUUAUUGGUGGUGCACCAUUGGUGGUGCUGUUCUUGCUUCCACAAAAAUAAAAAAUAAACAGUUUUAAGCUUUUUUUUUUUUUUUUUUUUUUUUUUUUUUACACAGAAAAUGAGAUGAUAUAGAUGCCAAAAAACAUAACCUUAUUUUUGUGAAUUUUUUUCUUGAAAGAGAGGGAUAGCUUAGCCUUGAUAGUGCAUUUACUGUAUACCAACCAGUCUUGAAUCAGAGAAAUCUUUUUGUUGUUAUUAAUCACUUUUAUUUCACCUUUAUAUUCUCAGGUGAAUAUGAUCAGGGCUCAUGUCCCCCCCCCCCAAAUACUGUAAAGAUAAUAUAAUCGUAACUGGUAGAGAUUGUGCUCAUUGUGAUGCUUGCUCUACCAUUGAAUGAUGAUGUUUGUACAGUGCAUUGCAAAAGUAUUCACUCCCUUUCAACAUUUCCACCUUUUGUAGUGUUACAACCUGGAAAAAUGGAUUUAAUUGUGAUAUAUUGCAUGAAUCUACACAAAAUAUCCCAUAACAUUGAACAGGGAGAAAAAUCAAUGUAGUUGAUGAACAGAAAAGUAAAAUAAAAAUGGAAAAGAUGUGAUUGCAUAAGUAAAUGAUGUGAAACCCCUAAAUUCGUUCUGGUGCAAGCAGUUGCAAUAAGACGUCACAUAAUUAGCUGAGAGUUUGUUCUGGGAAAGUUCUGGGUAUCAGGUUGAAUAAAAAAAAAGAAAAAGAAAACAUUAAAUCCACUAUUAAAACACGGAAAGAAAAACUACAAGGAGACCAUCCACCAAAAGUCUUUGAUUUUUUUUUUUGUUUGUUUGUCAGCCCUGAACAUUUACAUUAUAAACUUUAUUUUGAAAAAAAAAAAAAAAAAAAGAUUUGUAAUGGUUUUAAUGGUUGUAAUGGUGGCUUGAAUUAUUACUGUUUGGUUGGACAUACAUUUGAAUAAUUGUUUGCACAGCACAUUACUGUGUGUUUGAUUUAAUUUAUUUCAUGUUUUUUUUGUUACGAAUGUUGCGAUUGCGACUCUGAAGCACCUCAUCGGUGUCAUCGUUACCAUUUACCAAUUUUAAUAUUGUCUUGAACAACAGCAAGACGUGUCCAAUGUGUAGUACAAACUGCUUUAGAAAUAGCGUACCACUUUACAAUAACACUACAUGAAUAAUCAUGCGCUAAUACCUGAAUCAAUACUUACUUCAAAUAUGAACUAAUGAGGAGUUAAGGCAUGUACUAAUCACAAACUAAUGAAGCGCGUACCUUAACUAAGACAUUAAUCUUAUGAAUUCAUGCGUGAAUAACAACCACCUUAAGUACAUCCCUGUUAAACCUUAAGUACAGGUUUGUUAGUUAAUGUAUUAAUUAACAUGUAGGGGUAAACUAAAUCAAACAUGCUCUAUAGGAAAGAAUAUGAUGAUAUUUUGAGGGGCAUUGACCCAAAACAUGAGCAAGAACCAAAGAGAGAAAUGGGUGACUGUUCAUAACGAUUUAAAGCAGGGAGACCUGAUUGACCUAGACAUAGUAAAGCAGUCAGAAUAAACACAGACUAAAACACCGGAAAAUAAACUUAUAACACACUGGUUUUAAUAUGUUAAUAGAUAAUAGCGUCUGCUAAAUGAAUACAGUUUACUGUUCUAAUUUCACCCUUGUGGGCAAAGGAGCUGUGCCCCGGCCCGAUCCACCCAGAGCACGUACUAGUACUUCAAUGGGAUUUGAAGAAAAAUGGAUGGAUAUUGACGCAAAAUGGGUUGAGAUGAACUGAUUGGUGUUUAUUAUCAGUGCGUCUUUCUACGUUCGAUAAUGAGGAACACUGUCAAUUAUCGAAGUGAUCCAGUGCCGUCUAAUGAUGUUUGUGUACGCAGCUGCAUACGGCAAAUUAUAUAAACAAUUUGAAACGAUGCACGUUUAAUUCAUGUUCUUUCUCAUAGAAAAAGUGUUUGAUUUAGUUUACCCCUACGUGUUAAUUUAUACAUUAACUAGCAAACACAUCGUAGUUAAGGUUCGCUCUUCAUCAGUUCGUGAUGAGUACAUGCCUUAGCUCGUCAUUAGUUCCUAUGACGAGUUAGUAUUAAUUCAGGUAUUAUUAAAGUGCUAGAAGAAAUAGUAAAAACAGCAAGGUGGCUAAAGAGAGACAAUUAUUUUCAGCAUCUUCUGAAUGUUAUCAUCGCCACUAUUACUGAAUCAGGACCAGAUUUAAUCACUGUUGUACUGUUUUAUUGUUUUCAUUUCGUCUUUUUGUCUACUUUUGCACUUUUUUUUUUUUUUUUGCACAAAUUUUAGGACGCUAUAAAUAGGGCUUCACGAUAUGGACAGAGUAUUACAUCGCAAUAAUUAUUACUUAUGAAAAGUUGUGGUUUAAAACUAUUAAAUGAUAUAUUGUGUAGCCUUAGUUAUAAGUGAAUGUUUAAGAAGGGCUGGAGCUCGUUGUUCAAGGGCUCGUGAUUCGUUUCUCCAAAGGGACUUGUUUAUGUGCACACUCUGGUAUGAAUUUCUGGUAUAUGUUUCUGUACGCCUCUCAGUGCUCCUUUACACGUAGGAACUUUAUGCACAGAUAAGCAUUUCAUUUAUUGCAGUAGCAGUGCCAAUAAUGAAAACUUUAUUUAGACAUUCAUAUUAAUAUCAGUUUCUUUUAUUCAGAUGUCUACAAAUAUGUUGUUUUCUAAAUGUAAAUCUUUUUUUUUUUUUUUUUGUAAAUCAUUUUUGUAAAUUGAUGUUCCAAAUUAAAAUAUGCAAAAGACAAAUAAAUUUAUUUAGAUAACCGA